AGACGUUUGCACAAAAGUCACGUACAAGCAAUAAUCUGCGUAAACCGACGUUUUAUUUAUCAAUUUUGACGCACACGCAGACAAUACGAGUGCAUUCAAACUCAUGCGUAAACAUAAAGAUGGCUGAAUAGCAGACAUAAAGUAUAUACCGAAGGUGAAAAGACGAAUUUUUGUGCAAUUCAAAGAGAGAACUAAACAAAUGACCGACAAAAGAGAAGUUUAAAACAUUCGCAUUCACAGUUUUUCACUGCACCACCAAGUGAAAUCGUAGACAAAUAUUGAGAGCUACGAAAAGCGUGAACAUAAAGGAAAAUGACGGAAUUCAUCGAAGGGACACUCGAUAGUCAUUUGGAACAUGGAACAUCAAACAAAGGAACCAAUGUUGAGAACGGAGAAAAUUCAUCCGAUUCAGAUGACUCAAGUCCGAAUAGCGACGCGUCUAUAACUUCUUCAGGUUCUUGGUCUAUUGAUGACAGCAUUGGGUUUAUGCAAACAUCACAUAAGCCAAUGUUUGAUGAACUUCCCACAUUUUCAAUCAAAUCUGCAUCACCAAAUGGACAAUCUAUAUCGCCAAUGGUGAAUGAGCCAAUAUCACUGUUUAAUCUCAGCAUUUCACCUAUCUCAUCAAUUGAAGAUUUAUCGCGUUUUAGCGACCAAAUUGUUUGUGCCGGUGACUAUGCCACAAACGAAAAGAUUACCAAAAAUUUGACACAAGUUGGCGAUUCAAUGGCAUAUGAUGAUGAUGAUGAACGGAUUUCACUGGAGGAAAUAACCGCACAAAUUAAUACACCACCGUCUGCGCUAUCCAGAUCAAACAAAAGACUGAACUUGGAGACGAUUUUUGAAGACGUAUUUUUGGAGACUCCAAAAAAGCGGAGAUUCAAUGGAUUUAAAAGAUUCAAUUCCUGGCGAAUAGAAGAGCGCAUAAACUCGUAUGUAUUUGAGCAACAGAAGAACCACAAUGAACAAGACAAAUGUCAAGAUACAACAAGCACACUUUGUAAUGUUUUUGACGACAAAAUCAAUAUAAAUAUAUGAAGAGGUUUUCUAGUUUAGAUAGAUUAUAUCCAGAAUAAUGGCUAUGCGUUAUUGUUGUUGUAUUCUGAGUGAAAUCGUUCCGUCAUCAAUAUAAAAUACACUAUUCAAGGUAUUAGAUAACAUAAGAUUCAUAAAUUUAAAACAAUGAAGAAAUUAGAUUAUUAUAAAAAAAAACAAUAAAUACAUUAUAAAUAAUAUGUAUAUUUGUACAUUCAUUUUGAAGUGUUUACGCAAAAUAAAUGAAAAAGUUCAGUAAGUCAA